UUCUUCCCAGAAACACCUUCUCCAGUACUGCAUGUGUGUUUCUACUCACUAUGACAAAGAGGACAGCUUGUUUUGGGGCUCUGCAGUUAAAAAAGUGGACCAUAGUUGAUUUUGGUCGUUUGUUUUUCUUACUGCUUCUCGGAACCAUACUUGUUGGUUCUUGGGGGGAGUCUGGGCUGUGGAGAGGAGCCGCCUCCAGGUCAUUGGAGGAUCAAGCACCAUGCUUGCAGCAUUCCUUCACUACAGACUUGCCAAUGCCACUUCAGAUUCCACAUGACACCAACAUGACAGAAAUCAAUGUCAGAAGAAGAAGAAGAAGAAGAAGAAGCUCUUCCUUCGCUGACACUGAAGACUCUGUUUUGCUUCCAAAGAUUCUGACUGCCUCUCAUCUUUCUUCUGUCAGAGAUCUGGUGUCAGACAAGAAAAUUACAGGUUGUGCAGUUUUCAUAAAAUGUUAUCUGUGACCUGAAGAUGACUUGACCUGGACCAACUAUUUCCAAAUAUGUUUUGUUGUUUGUGUCACUCUGCUCUAGUGUCAGAUGGGUGCAGAGCAAAGUCAUCUGCACUAUUUAGCAUUUACAAAAGGCAGUUUUUACACUAGUGUUUAUCUACAUCCUUUAGUUAAUUUAAAACUGUUAGUCAAUUGAGAAAGGCAUCAUCUGAGUCAUAUCAGUACUUGUUAGUGAAACUCAUAAAAACUAAAGCAACAUUUUCCGCGUAAGGUAAGGCAUUGAGUAUCAGCUUCUCUGUAGAGUCACAAGACAGUUUUUGAAAAUGAUUUUAGUAGACUCUGAUAUAGUUCACAAUCUACCUGACACUACCUAUCCACCCACCUGGUACCAUCCCUUGGCUGAUAUGAGUUUUUGAAAAAAAAAAUUAAAAAAAUAAAAACAAAGAUAUGUGUUUCUGAGGGCUGAUAAACCUACUGGUAGUGAUACUGUUUGUGCUCAAACUGCUGCCAGUGUAAUUUUGAGCUGACAUUCAGGGGUUUACCACAACUGCCCACAUCCCUCGAGUCAGUCCAUCGUGGGACACUAUAAAUCUUCACUAAAAAAUUUCUGUGAAAUAAUCUUGUGUGUUACUUUUGUUUCAUCAUGAUUUAUUCUUAAAGGAAAGGACAUUGUGUUGCUGUGUGUAUAAAAUGUGGUCUGACUUGAUUCCAUAAGGAGGAAACUCUGGGAUACAUGGUAUUGCCAAAUUGAAAGAUUAAUUUAUUUACAAACAUAUUAUUGCAGAUUUAGAUGAAAAAUAAAAACAUGAAAAGAAACAGAUUCUUUUAAUCUUUUGAAUAAUGAACAUCCUCCAGCGUACCAAAGACGAAAUGACUGGUUGAUAUCUGAUAUUUAAUUAAAGACCAAAAUCAUUCUGGUCCGAAUAUAAGCUGUCAAAACAGUUGUUUGUGUCAUCUUUUUUGCAACAAUGAUGGCACGUGCAAACUUGUAGAAACCAUUUCAGUUGAUGUUACUGAUCAAAGAUGAUAAUGUCAACGAGGCCUUUUUAGUAUCACUAUAAUACAAUUCAUAUGAGAACUUCACUUUUUUUCCAGUUCGCUUAGGUCUCCGUGUCUCUCUCACUGGUCCAAGUGAGCUUCUUGACCCUCAGCUCCUCCUUUCCCUGAACAAAGAGCCAGGAAUCUACAACAUUGGAGAGAACAAGGCAGGACUCUUUUCAAUGAGAAUAGUGGGAAUAAAGAGAGUGACCUCCUCACCCUGAUUUCAUCAUCUACAGUCCAUCCCAGGAUCUCUUGGAUUGUUUAUGAAAAAUUCCUGAAAAAAUAACUAUUCUCUCCUCUUGAAGCCGAUGUUGCUGUUGAUAUGAUCUUGUUUAUCAUCAUUGUUUUGUGUUUAGUUUUCCAUUAAAGAUUAACUUCAUUAUCCUGUAACAAGCCUGUGUUGCGUGCGGUCACUGAAAAUUGGCCCGCCCACUAAACUGACCAACCAAUAGAAUUAGACGCUGAGUCUUUAUCCCACCCUCCCUACGGGUGUUCCUGAUGACCAUGAGGGAGUUUUUUUCUGCACUUCACCGGUCAGGAAGAUGGUAGUGAAUGGCUUGACGGCUCAUUGUAAAUAAAACGGAUCCGCGCAGCCGUAAUUGCUGAAGGAUGGCAGACUCGGCCUCCCAGGAGGACACGCUGCCCGAGGAGGAGAGGGAGUUUCAGAAGAUUAUAGCUUUGAUCGGAGGUAAAGAGAGGAUUUAUGUGGUGAGUGAUGCAUGUGACAGUAAAGAGGUGCACGGGGAUGACGCUGGAAUAUUGCAGGAGUUCGUCCGUGACAUGUUUCCUGGCAGCCUGGCGAACAGCAUCGGACAGACCCACUCUUCUCCGCUAAGCAGUCACGGCGAUACUGAAAGUGCAAACCACACUUGCUGCAAGGCAGAGACUGUUAAAAGCAAUGAGAUGCCUCUAACGGCGAGGUCCAAGGAUUUGAGAGACUGUCCGGUGGGAGAGGACAGGGAGAAAGAGAAGCGGCCAACGCGCAGUGGCAACGUUCAGAGAACAGCAACGAGGAGGGCAAACAUUUACAGCCCAAAGCGAACAAUAGACUCUCCUAUCAUCAUAUUAAUCUUCAGACAGACAUUUCUCAACAAAAAUUCAAACGAACUGUGCCUAAAAGAGAUCUUAAGGGACGUAAAGGCACGUACGAAACGUGCCCGAAUCGCCAGACCAGCUCUGAUUGGAUUAAUACGCACCAGGCAGGAGAGUGCCGAGACGCAUCAGUGUGCGCAACUCCUGGAGCGUCUGAUCCGCUCAGUGUUCCACAAACAUUCACCAGAAACAAUAUGGGUCGGCUGUUUCAUCCCGAAUACAGAAGAAAAAAUGCUCGGCAUCAAGAAAAACGCCUGCAAAGUUAUAUAUUCAUCUCAAACAGCAGAUAAUACCAGGGAUAGAGGGAACCCGCUUUUCUGGCCAUUCCAAUGUUUGUUCUGGCCUCAGAGAAGAGGAGCCAGAGGCCAGGCCAGCAACUCUUCAACCAGCAGGCAAAGAGGUAGCAGCAUCGUCCCGAAGUUCAGUUUUACUGAGCUAUACAGGAAUUUCCAGUCCUACAGGAUAUUUUCUUUCAACUUUUCUUUUGUUCAUCCAUUCCAUACACCAUCUUAGUCCUGUUCAGGGUUCUCAGUGUACUGGAACCUAACCCAAAAUGCACUACAUGGGCAAAAGGUAUGGAUACAGGUUACCAGUCUAUCACAGGGCCAACAGACAGACAAAGACAUUCACACAUUCACUCUUCAUGGGCUUCUCUUUGGAUCAGAUUGCAUGUAGUGAUGAUCAAUAGUCACAUAUAGGGGGGAAAAAAGACCAGUUUAUCCUCAAAAUGCCAGAAUGCAGUGUGGCUACAAAAUAUUUAGCAUUUUGGUAAAACAGUGACUUACCCCCAACUCAGGAAAUUCAGGAAAUCACUGACUGAAGUUGAAGCACAUAAGGCAAGUUGAAAGAAAAAAAAACUUAACAAGAAAAUAUUUUCUGGAAUGCGUUGGCCAUCAGAUUGAUCCUACACACAACAGUGUUGUCUGAUAAUGUGAAAUAAUUUAUUUAGCCAUGACUGACACCUUGUUUCAACACUUUGCAUAUAUAGAGAGAGCAGAGAAAUACUUGUGUUAAUACAAUUAACAUCAUGUUAAUUUCAUUAAACUCAAAGUAAAUAUGUUGGGGGGGGGGGUUUUCAGGUGACACUGGGAGUGUAGAGGAAAGCAUCCCUCUGAAAACCAAUGCCCUGUCUGCUGGACCUCCUGUGGAAGGAGAAUCAGCUGGAGGCAGCUGAUGUCAUGACACAUGAUCUGUGGCUGGAGGCAUAUCACUGUAGACAAUCCUGUUUUUACUGUGAAGAGAGAGUUAGCCUCAUGGUGCUACAGAGCCUUACUACAUGUUACAGUGAUUAUUCAUGGUGCUCAAUAUUCCCACUGCUGAGCCAACAUGAUUCUCUCCCUGAAGCAAUAUGUGUGUAUAAAUGGUCAAAUUUGUUGCCAUCCUGCUGAUUUACACCUUGUCUUUGAUGUACAAUGGUUAGUCACAAAGGGAUUUUCUGUGUGUGUUUGGGGCUGAUUUAAGUAACUGUUGAUCAGUUAGUCAAAAGAACUAUAUCACAUCAUUUAACAACAGUUUUUCUUUUUUCUUGUUUUUUCUGGAUAUAGGCCUAGAUAUAGAUGGGUCUGUUAUUUUGGUACACGUUGAAACUGCAGUAUGGCUAGGCUAGAAAGUUAACAGUAAAAGUACUGCUUUAACAUGAUGGUAGUAGCCUAGUCAAGCACAGGGCUGGAUUACCAACUGGGCCCAGAACUCCAGUGGCCUCAAAAGCCCCAGGCUUGUUGUGUGUCAUCUGGUUUGUGCUAAUUUCAUUGACAAUUUAUUUGAGAAUAUACAUCACCAAAGCACAACAUCAACUGACAUAAUAAGGUACUUAAGUGGGGUCCUGCUUCAUUAAUAGGGGCCCAGCAGCUUAAUCCAGCCAUGGUCAAGCAAUGUGAAUAUUUUUUUUCGCUUUAAUUUAUUAGAAUUGCGUUCCUUAGAUGAGCGCUAUUGACAAUGGCAUUAUCUGUAACAGAAAUUGAUAAAACUACUUUUUACGUAUGUAUGUAUGCUACUGGUAUGUACAUUUAAAUAAAUAUGUAAAUAAACACAUUUAAGCGUG